AGUAGGCACGAGCAGUGUGGGAAGUGUAAAUAUUUUGGAAUCACGAGAGCCCAACAACUAUGCAAAGAGCGAAAGAGGGAGAAUCAAAGGCGAUGAUGGCCCGCCGCUCCUCAGCUUCGUAUUCUUCACAUCGUCCGUCCCCGAUCCUCUCGUCUCUUUCGACCAGUGAUGGCGAAGAAGAGAAUCUCGAACGCGGGAGAGGCCGAGCAGGAGAAAUCGAGGCCGAUUGACAACAUCGCCAAGUACUCCCAGCAGCGGCGAGGUCCGCCCCCCAAGCGCCGCUCCGAUUUCUCUUUCUUCUUCUCCCCCUCCUCCUCUUCCUCUCCUCCUUCUUCCAUGUCCACUUCAGAUUGCUCGCCAAGAUUCUCUAAUUGUAAAGAUGGACUGUCAAAUGUUGCUGCAGUCAGUUCAGAUGCAGCAAAGGAUACAGGAAGACAAUCUCUAGCAUUCACUCCAGUCAAAUGCUGCAAGUCAUGGAUGCUGGUCACACCGAACAAAUUUCAGGGUACGGAAAGCAGUGAUGUUUGCAUGACUCCAGUGAGUGUUGUAUUGGAAAGUACAGACUAUGAAGUGUUGUCUCCUGCUGAACUGCAAGCCUCAAAUGAGGACCACCCGAGCCCAUUCCAACCGUUAUCCUCUCCUGAUGAGGCAAAUAACUUAGAUCGCGUGGAUCCUUACUCUGGUGGAUGCAUCAUAUCAAAUCCUAGAAGCAUAGAAGAUGACUCCUCGGAAAAAGGGAGAGGCAAGAGAAAAAGAAAGCCUAGAUCCUUCUUUAGUGAUGACCUAUACUCACCAUCAAGAUCACCGAGAAAGGUCCGCCGGUAUAGAAUAAUGCGAUACCUAGGCCUUAUGGCUCCUGUAGGCUCUCCUUAUUCAGUCAAUAAUUAGCAUUGCUUCUGGAAUUAUGGGGUUUUUUGAUAUUUAAUUUCCUCGUUCAGUAAAUUGUUACCUUGAUCGUGUAUAGCAACAGAUCACAGGGCUAAUUGUAUGAGAGCUUUGCUGCAUUACCUAACCACUGUCCCGAUGAUUAGGAGAUAUGUUUCCUGA